GUGGAGCGCCGGAACCGCUGGGACUGAUCGAGCGCCCGAAAGAGGCUGGACUGCGGAACGCUUCCGGGACGUGUUGCCAUGCGGCUGUUUCCGCGCUCCUUGUGCGCUGCUGUGGCCGCCUGGCGCGAGUGCUUUCCCUUACACGGCCGCGACGUGGCGCGCUGGUUCCCAGGCCACAUGGCCAAGGGGCUGAAGAAGAUGCAGAGUAGUCUGAAGCUGGUGGACUGUAUCAUCGAGGUCCAUGACUCCCGAAUCCCACUUUCAGGUCGAAAUCCUCUAUUUCAGGAGACUCUUGGACUGAAGCCUCACCUGCUUGUCCUCAACAAGAUGGACUUGGCAGAUCUCACAGAGCAGCAGAAGAUUAUACAUCACUUAGAAGGAGAAGGCCUAAAAAAUACCAUUUUUACCAACUGUAUAAAGGAUGAAAACAUCAAGCAGAUCAUCCCGAAGAUCACUGAGCUAGUUGGGAGCAGCUAUCGUUACCACCGAGCAGAGAACAUGGAGUACUGUAUCAUGGUGGUUGGUAUCCCCAAUGUGGGCAAGUCCUCCCUCAUCAACUCCCUGAGGAGACAGCACCUUAAGACAGGAAAAGCUGCCAGAGUGGGUGGUGAGCCUGGGAUCACCAGAGCUGUGACAUCCAGAAUUCAGGUAUCUGAGCGGCCACUGAUGUUCCUGUUGGACACACCUGGGGUGCUGGCUCCUCAGAUUGGAAGUGUGGAGACAGGCUUGAAACUGGCCCUGUGUGGAACAGUGUUGGAUCACCUGGUUGGGGAGGAGACCAUGGCUGACUACCUCCUCUACACCCUCAACCGGCACCGUAUGUUCAAGUAUGUGCAGCACUAUGGCCUGAAUGGCGCUAGUGAUGACAUAGAGUGUGUGCUGAAGACCAUAGCUGUGCGGCUGAGGAAAACGCGGAAGGUGAAGGUGCUCACAGGCACAGGUGAUGUGAAUGUUGUCCAGCCCAAUUACUCUGCAGCAGCCCGUGACUUCCUCCGGACCUUUCGAAGUGGGCUGCUGGGCCCAAUGAUGAUAGACCGUGACAUCUUGCAGGGCUGCCUCCCUGCUGACAUAGACCCCUGAAUUUGCUGGAAGGAGUGUGGCCUCCAGACGUUAUGCAGCUGGUCAGACGUGCCUGUGUUGGUCAGCAUGACUCAGAUCCCUAUUCCAGAGGAUAUUCUGUGCUGUCCUGCCCAUCGCAGCCAGCCUCAUGAUGGGCAGUAGGCUGUGGGGUCCCAAGCAGUCCUUGGUGCCUGGCCCUGUGAGAAGGCUCCUGCUCAGCAUCUUUCAGGGAAAACCUAGUGCUGUCUGAGAGGAGUUAAAGCUGUAAUUUAAGGUUUAAAAAAUUAAGAUUAGGGCUAGGGAUUUAGCUCAGUGGUUUGCCGCCUGCUGCACAAGCGCAAGGACCAGAGUUCAAUCCCCAGUACCAAAAAAAAAAAAAAAAAAUUAAGAUUAAAAUAGCUGGGUGUGGUGGUGCACACCUGUAAUCCCAGAUUUAGGAUUGCCAGGAGUUUGAGGUGAGCCUGGGCUCCAUAGUGAGUUCAAGGCCAGCCUGAACUACAUAGCAAGACCCUGUCUGAAAACAAAAACAAAAAAUAAAAAGUUCUAUUUCUUGUUGGCCCUUUCAUUGUA